AAUGAUUAAUUAUAACUCUCUGUCUUGACCAAUAAUUUUGCUGGACUUUUAUGAUUCAUAAUUUGAACUGUGUUGUAAUAUUACCCCUCGAAACUGACAUACUAGCAUUUAUUGUUUUUUAUUGCAUCUCUAAGGUGGCGUUUGAAAGAGGCUCCAAGUGACACAUGUUUAGGAAGAGUUUAAAAGUGUGGACAUGGUUGCAGUAUAACUAGUCUUCACUGGCAGCAGAGCGAGGACCCAGGGACCAGAGCUUCCGUCCUGUGGACUUAGCCUUUUUUGAGCCGCCGACCCAACAAUGAAUAAUUCUACGGGCUGCCUGGCCAAUGCGACAGUUUGCAAUGGUACAUCCUGUGUGGUAGCUGACAGCAAUUUCAAUACCAUUCUAAGUGUGGUCCUGAGUACCGUGCUGACCAUCCUGUUGGCCUUGGUGAUGUUCUCCAUGGGAUGCAAUGUGGAAUUCAAGAAAUUCCUCGGACACAUCAAGCGGCCGUGGGGCAUCUGUGUGGGCUUCCUCUGUCAGUUUGGAAUCAUGCCCCUCACAGGAUUCAUCCUGUCGGUGGCCUUUGACAUCCUCCCCAUCCAGGCUGUGGUGGUUCUCAUCAUGGGCUGCUGCCCCGGAGGAACGGCCUCCAAUAUCUUGGCCUAUUGGGUUGAUGGUGACAUGGACCUGAGCGUCAGCAUGACCACAUGCUCCACCCUGCUCGCCCUGGGAAUGAUGCCGCUGUGCCUCCUCAUCUAUACCAAAAUGUGGGUCGACUCUGGGACCAUAAUAAUUCCCUAUGAUAGCAUAGGAGUUUCUUUGGUUGCUCUCGUUGUUCCUGUUGCCUGUGGAAUGUUUGUUAAUCACAAAUGGCCCCAAAAAGCGAAGAUCAUACUUAAAGUUGGGUCCAUUGCAGGUGCCAUCCUCAUCGUGCUCAUAGCUGUGGUCGGAGGAAUAUUGUACCAAGGUGCCUGGGUCAUCACUCCCAAACUAUGGAUUAUAGGGACAAUAUUUCCUGUGGCCGGGUAUAGCCUGGGGUUUCUUCUGGCUAGAAUAGCUGGUCAGCCCUGGUACAGGUGCCGAACAGUUGCGUUUGAAACGGGCAUGCAGAACACGCAGCUGUGCUCCACCAUCGUGCAGCUCUCCUUCACCCAGGAGGAGCUCAACCUCAUGUUCACCUUCCCGCUCAUCUACAGCAUCUUCCAGAUCGUCUUCGCAGCGAUGUUCUUGGGAUGUUAUUGGGUAUACAAGAAAUGUCGUGGAGAAAAUAAUGAGGAAUUUCUAGAAAAAAAAGACAAUGAAACAGAGUCAGAGACAUCGGUUUAUAAGAUGAAUUGAUGAUUUCAACCAGAUGAAAAGUGGACACCAAGUAGACAAAACAGAAGAGUUCUAAAGGACAAUCUUAAACUAUAACUACAUUUAAUUACUUGUUUUGUGAGGAUACUUGGCAGGAAAAAGUUAAAGUGAAAAUUUCAAUUUUAAUUGAAUUUAUCUGUUGGUUUUGGUACCAAGUGGUUGUGGUCUAAUUCUCUGAUGGGAAAAAUAUUAUUUUUGUGUGUAUGUGUAUAUAUGCAAGUAUAUAUACUUCAUAUAUGUAUAUAUACACACGUAUACUGUUAUUGAGAUAUACCCCAAAACUAUCUUCAGACUAAACCUGACAUAGGUAACACUGAGAACAAGAACCUCGUAACACUGAAACUGAAUUUUUAGGCAGAAACUCAUAACCCAGAGAUGAGGAACUGACUUUUGUAGGGUAAGGCACAUGUAAUGAAUUAGUAUUGUAGUCAUCAAGAUUUUCUUCAGUAUUUAUGAUUGUGAAAAGAUUGACCUGAACAUAUUCCACUGACAUUUUAAUCAUUAUUUUGAAAACUUUACAAACUAUUUAUUUAUAUAACUUUGUAAUAUAACAGGUAAAUACCUGACUUCCUGUAUUUUUUUUAAAUACUGCCUUCUCCAGUGACAGUGCCAAAACAGAAAUGUGGGGAAAUUAUUAUGAUAUGGAAUUCAAUAACCAAAUUGGAAUCAGAUUUUUAACUCAUCAGGAAUAUUGCACAUUGAUUGCUCUACCUCAGGGAGUCCAAUAUGGCCAUUAGAGCUUUCAAGAAAAAAGAGAAUUUUUUCAAAUGGUUGAAUUUGGUAAAAAGCUCUUCAAGCCCUGGAAAGGGACUUCCUCAAGGUUUGCCUACGUGAGGCAGAUCCACAGUGGCUAAUCUGAUAGCUAUUCAGUUUAUACACAGCAUGCACAGUAGGCAUUGUAAGUUGUGAGGUGGCAGGAGGUCCAAAGACAGUAGAAGUAUUGGGAGAAAUACCAUGACUCCCAAUGAAUUCUAUGGGAUGAAUGAAUUCUAUGGGAGAUAAUGUGAAAUACAUAGAAAAGCACGAACAACAGAAACCCAGUUGAAAUGCUUGCCCAGAGUCAAUUAGAUGUGCAGUAGUAAGUAGUUAUAAGAAGAGUCAGGUAAAGGAAGACCCAGAAAGUGAAUAUUAAACAGUGUUUGAAGAAGAGGACUGGUCUCAGGGUCCAGAAGUAGCAAGGGCCUUGCCAGCCAAGAGAGUGCUUUAGAUGUUGUAAAUAGAUGUAACCAAUGGAAGCAAGGAAGAUUCGAUAAAUCCUUUGCCAGGCUUUGAUGGGUGCCAGGGGCAAACAACUGGUCAAGUAUUGGGUUCUCAGCUAUGAGAUCUAAUUUAAUACCCUGUCCCUCAUUUUGCAGCACAAUGAAUGCACGUUCUUAACUCAGUCCUUAGUGGGUUUAGUUCCAUUUUACAUUUUGAUAUUUUCACUGCAUUUGAAAGAUUCCCUUUCAAGUGUGUUGGCUCCAAAGGGCUUUAUGCAUUUGAAUGUUCUUGUUCAGAACCUACUGGUGCUCCUAAACAUCACAGGAACAGGACAUCAACUUAGUUCUUCCGGUAGAGGAUAAGGGAUUCUGUUUUUAAAAGUUACAGCAUUUACCUUUUUAUACAAGGUUCACAUUUACAAUUGAAUAAGGCCUCCAUAUUUUUACAUCAUUAGACAAAUGGACUAAAAUGGACUAUAGAUUUUUUUUAAGGGAUAGUGGGAGAGAAGGUAUAGAGUUUCUUCUUAGUGAGUGUCAAAGAAUAUGUUUUCAGUGGUGGAAAAGAAGACUUUUCAGUCUAUCGGUAAAGUACAUCCCACACUUUCUCAUCAAACAGAAAACAGACAGGUGCACUAAAGACACACUGUGAAUUCAUAUCCUAAUUUCAACACACCCAAAAUCAAGGGCUCAGAUGGUAGCAGCUGCAGCAAGCAGGUUUUGCCUCUUUGUUGAUCAAGAUAUGUGAGUGAGACAGAACUUGGCUUUCCUACAUGAUGUGGUAGCUUGUGAGUUGUGUUUUUUUUCCCUAAUGUGCUAGAGGGAAGAAAAAUAGCUGAGCUUUCUAAAAUGACAGCUCUCUAUUUUUAAAUGAGUUUGAAAAGUCGAUUAAAUUAUGUAUUUUAUUGCCUCUGUGAGUAUCAUAUUAAAUGAAUAUUUUAUUUUAAAGCCUUGAAUAAAUGAAAAUAGUUUUGUAA